GAUGCAAAGUCAGUGGAGCUGACGCAACGUCAAGCUCCACUGACACUGACACGUCAAACGUUUUUCAAAAAGAUUUUUUUGUUGCCUAUUUCGAUGUUAAACAUAGAGCUGCGCGCAAACUCUCUACUUAUGAGACAGUCCCCCUAGUUACACAGGCUUUAAGCCGGCAUGUUUCAUUUCCACAGAAGAUGCCAACUGCUCUUCUGUAACGGACAACACGCUAGGACAACAGACCAAAAAGCGCCUACUACAGUUGAGAGGAAGGAUAGCUCAAUUGGACUGGGGCGACACCCUGAAGAUGCCAACUGCUCUUCUGUAACGGACAACACGCUAGGACAACAGACCAAAAAGCACCUACUACAGUUGAGAGGAAGGAUAGCUCAAUUGGACUGGGGCGACACCCUGAAGAUGCCAACUGCUCUUCUGUAACGGACAACACGCUAGGACAACAGACCAAAAAGCACCUACUACAGUUGAGAGGAAGGAUAGCUCAAUUGGACUGGGGCGACACCCUGAAGAUGCCAACUGCUCUUCUGUAACGGACAACACGCUAGGACAACAGACCAAAAAGCACCUACUACAGUUGAGAGGAAGGAUAGCUCAAUUGGACUGGGGCGACACCCUGAAGAUGCCAACUGCUCUUCUGUAACGGACAACACGCUAGGACAACAGACCAAAAAGCACCUACUACAGUUGAGAGGAAGGAUAGCUCAAUUGGACUGGGGCGACACCCUGAAGAUGCCAACUGCUCUUCUGUAACGGACAACACGCUAGGACAACAGACCAAAAAGCACCUACUACAGUUGAGAGGAAGGAUAGCUCAAUUGGACUGGGGCGACACCCUGAAGAUGCCAACUGCUCUUCUGUAACGGACAACACGCUAGGACAACAGACCCAAAAGCACCUACUACAGUUGAGAGGAAGGAUAGCUCAAUUGGACUGGGGCGACACCCUGAAGAUGCCAACUGCUCUUCUGUAACGGACAACACGCUAGGACAACAGACCAAAAAGCACCUACUACAGUUGAGAGGAAGGAUAGCUCAAUUGGACUGGGGCGACACCCUGAAGAUGCCAACUGCUCUUCUGUAACGGACAACACGCUAGGACAACAGACCAAAAAGCACCUACUACAGUUGAGAGGAAGGAUAGCUCAAUUGGACUGGGGCGACACCCUGAAGAUGCCAACUGCUCUUCUGUAACGGACAACACGCUAGGACAACAGACCAAAAAGCACCUACUACAGUUGAGAGGAAGGAUAGCUCAAUUGGACUGGGGCGACACCCUGAAGAUGCCAACUGCUCUUCUGUAACGGACAACACGCUAGGACAACAGACCAAAAAGCACCUACUACAGUUGAGAGGAAGGAUAGCUCAAUUGGACUGGGGCGACACCCUGAAGAUGCCAACUGCUCUUCUGUAACGGACAACACGCUAGGACAACAGACCAAAAAGCACCUACUACAGUUGAGAGGAAGGAUAGCUCAAUUGGACUGGGGCGACACCCUGAAGAUGCCAACUGCUCUUCUGUAACGGACAACACGCUAGGACAACAGACCAAAAAGCGCCUACUACAGUUGAGAGGAAGGAUAGCUCAAUUGGACUGGGGCGACACCCUGAAGAUGCCAACUGCUCUUCUGUAACGGACAACACGCUAGGACAACAGACCAAAAAGCGCCUACUACAGUUGAGAGGAAGGAUAGCUCAAUUGGACUGGGGCGACACCCUGAAGAUGCCAACUGCUCUUCUGUAACGGACAACACGCUAGGACAACAGACCAAAAAGCACCUACUACAGUUGAGAGGAAGGAUAGCUCAAUUGGACUGGGGCGACACCCUGCCCUGUCACAGUGAGAGAAAACCAUAUUCACAGCUGCAGCUCUUAACUUGAGACGAUGGAAUCGGACAAAUCCUUGCUGUCAGCAGAGUUAAAUUCUGAGUUUGAGCAGGCUCUUUAUGAGCAAAUGUUAUUAAAGGCUAAGCAAGAGAUACAGAACAGAUUACCCAGCACUCCUGAAUCAAAACAGAUCCGACCACAACCAGGUUUCUGCAUUAAGACCCGGACCUCUGAAAAUGCAAAGAUCUUUAUAAAUAUCUGCAAGACAAAUGACAUCCCAGCACCCCCAGAUUUAAGUGAGGUGGAGCUGGUUAACAUCUUGGAAUCUGAUGACCCUUCAGGAUACCGUGUUCCUAUGAGCAUUGGAGAACCACAUGUGGAAGUAGACAAUAGUGGGAACGGCUGCACAGUGUAUGAAAUUGUCAUAAACAGCACUUUCUUUGAUAAGAUGAAGAGCAAUGAGCUGUUCAGGGAAUUUUUCAUCACAGUGGCAAUGGAGGGACUGGAAAACAAGUAUGAAAUGGAACUCUCUAGAGACUGGCGAAUGCUGAAGAAUCGUAAGUUCAUGGGAUCCAUUUCUGAUCAAAACAUCAGAACAAAAUCAAAGCCCAUCAUUCAGGAAAUGGAUACAAGUGCAUCACAGAAACCUCAGAGCAAGCCCCUCAUUUCAGAGAUCAAAAGUUCACCAGAGGUGCCAAAGUACACUAUUGUGGCAGAGCCGGCUGAAGGGCACCCAAGCUUCCUCGUUGCAGAGAUCUCCUUGCCAAAAGUGACAUCAGUCAGAUCCCUGGUUUUAGACCUUGGUGAAGAUCGAAUAGUGCUAUGGGGAAGGCCAGAUUUGUACCACCUGGAUAUCUUCCUUCCUUACAACAUUGCCCAGGAGGAGAGUGGAGCACAGUUCAACCGAGACACAAAAGUGCUGACCAUUACCAUGCCAGUGCAACCAAUAUAACAAGACUGUGACGGGAAAGUUUGCAACUUCUUACAAAUCCUAUACAAUAUAUAGGUCCAAUGGAUCCAAAUCAGGAAAAUCUGUUUGACUCGUCCCAAUGUUUGGGGCUGGGAUAUAACACUAUAUAAUAAAUAUUUUGUGUCAUGGAACUGGGCCUGUUCUGCUUAUUUAAAGCUUAUAAUAAUCCAUAUUCUUUAUUCUAACAUCUUAAGGGACUUCAGAUUUCUUAGUGGUUGCUAUGGGUUCCUGCUACUGGGCAAACUUAGUGCCUUUUAUUGCAUAUGGGGGUUUGGGUAAUACAGAGACCAGUUUAGGUUCUGUAAACUGAACCUUGUACUAUAGUGCUUUAAGGCAGCAGUGCAGACCAUUGCACCCUUAGUAGCACCCUUAGAAGCUGCAUCACUGCCCAUUUUCUUAAUACAGUGGCCAAACCCUGACUUACGCAACUACUAAAUGUUGAGCUGGUAGUCUGCUAUACCAUUAUCAGAAGUGGGGUUCUGUCUGUCAAAUAAGUCUUAGCCUUAAGACAUAAUUUUAUAAUUAACCAUCCUUCAUAUUUCAUUUAAACACAAAGGUUCCCAAAUGGGUGAGGCUGCCCCCCUUGGGGGCUUCAGAACCUUAGCUGGGCCCAUGGAACCCAUCUUGAAGGGCAGUUAGAGAAAAUAUUUAGGUGAACACAUAUUUAAUGUUGCAGAUACUAAAGUCUUUAACCUCUCUCUGUGAGCAAAAGGGGCCUGAGCCAACUAUGGGCCCCAAGGGUUGUUGAACUGAAUAAUAAGUAGACAGCUAUGCCAUACUCACUUAUGCUAUAUAACCAAAAAGUAAUUGGUCUUCAGCAUGCAAAUGGGCAAACUAAUGAUCAAUUUGAUAUUCAUUGUCUAAGGUUCUGUACUUGUGCCAGGGUCUCCGGGAACGAGCUGUUACUGGGAUGUGAUGUUAGAAUAAAGGGCAAUAUUUACUAAAUAUUUUCUUAUCAACUCACUGGUCAGUCAGUAAUAAAUGCAAAUGCAAUAAAUCUAUGGUCUGUGACAACUCACUGUUACAUCUAUCAGCAAGAUAGAUGAUCAUUACAGAAUCAAUAAUCAAACUCCUUUGUCCCUUUUAUUUAUAUGGAAAUAAAGGUGAAGC